AUGUAUAACAACAGACAGCAGUUUGACUUGGGUGGCGUGGAUGCUCCAAACCAACAAAGAACCUACCAAUCACAAUUUUUGAAUCAGCAACAACAUCAACAACCAAACUUGGCACUUUCCCAGCAACUGCAGGCAGCUGCGGCGGUUACAGCAGCAGUUAAUCACCAGAAUCAACAGUCGCAGCCAACAAUGGCGUCACAGCUGAUGUCGCAACGAGUCCAGGCCUCAAAAGCCACUCUUAAGGACGGAAAUAGUGAAAAUAUGAUGCCUGGUAACUCACCCAGUAAUGGCUCCGGAGCCAGCGGCAACUCCAGCAAUAAUAACCGUGGCCCAACAAGGAGAAGCCAGGAAGCUGGGGAGGAAGGCGGUGCAGCAACAAGAAAGGCAGUAGAAGAUGAAAAGAUAUGCUCAUGGAUUGUGGAGUUGACAUACGGCCCAAACAAGGAGGAGGCACUUCUGGAGCUUGGAAAGAAACGAGAGUACUACGAUGAUCUUGCAUUGGUGCUCUGGAACUCGUACGGGGUGAUGACGGCUCUUUUGGAGGAGAUAAUAUCGAUUUAUCCGUAUCUUUCACCUCAAAAUUUGACUACUCCAGCAUCUAAUCGUGUUUGCAAUGCAUUGGCAUUACUGCAAUGUGUUGCAUCCCAUCCAGAAACGCGUGCAGCAUUCCUACAUGCGCAAAUUCCAUUGUUUUUGUAUCCAUUCUUGAACACCAGCUCCAAGCAGAGACCAUUUGAGUAUCUUCGAUUGACCAGUUUGGGAGUAAUUGGUGCGCUAGUGAAAAACGACAGUCCUGAAGUGAUCCAGUUCCUUCUCACAACGGAAAUAAUCCCAUUAUGUCUUAAGAUCAUGGAGUCAUCAUCCGAAUUGAGUAAAACGGUGGCCAUUUUCAUUGUCCAGAAGAUUCUGAUGGACGAUACGGGUUUGGCAUACGUUUGCCAGACUUACGAGAGGUUUGAUGCAGUGUCUAACGUUUUAAAGUUGAUGAUCGACCAGAUGGCAGUUAACCCUGCACCGCGGCUUCUAAGGCACGUCAUCAGAUGCUAUUUACGGCUGGCUGACAAUGCAGAUGCCCGAUCUGCUCUUAAAGAACGCGUGCCGCAAUCUUUACGUGAUCACACUUUUGAUCGCGUUUUGGCAGAUGAUCCAACUGCAAAAAAGAACCUUUCACAACUUCUGUAUACUGUGAUGUAA